AUGAGUCUCUUCGGAUCCUCCACUGCGAAUCAGACUCAGCCUGCGAAGCCUCCUCUUUUCAGCUUCAGCAAUCCUUCUUCAAACCCGCCGGCCGGUUCGACGUCCCUAUUUGGUCAGCCUCAGGCGCAGCAACAACAACAACAACCGCCGCAACCACAACAGAGCAGUCUACCAACAUUCAGCUUGGGCGCUCCCAAACCGCAGCCUCAGCAAGCAGGUGGCUUGUUCGGCACUUCUGCGCAGACACAGCAAGGUGGAAGCUUAUUCGGGGCUAGUACGCAGCCUCAGCAGCAGCAGCAGCAGCAGCAGCAGCAGCAGUCUGGAGGCCUCUUUGGCGCAUCACAGUCCCAGCAACGACCCGGCGGGCUAUUCGGUACCUCAACCCAGCCCCAACAACAGAGCGCAUUUGGGUUUGGUCAGUCGCAGCAGCAGCCACAGCAGCAGCCACAGCGACCUCUCGACCAGACGCUGAGAUUUGGUCAAUCACAACAGGGACAACCCGGGCCCCAGUCACUAUGGGAGGAAGGUCGCGGCCUCAAUGUCUUCAGAUCAAUACCCGUGCAAAUGAACAUUGUCAAGAAUAAGUGGGAUCCCAGCAGUCUAUCCUCACCGCUGCGGACAUACCUGUACCAGCACGUCGAGAGUGAAACAGAUGCACUGAAAUACCGCCCGGGACCGGGAGAAGAUGAAGACAAGUGGGAAGAAGCAGUUUCCAAAAGACCCGGACCUGACUGGGUACCUCUUCUGGUCCAGGGGUUUUUUCAACUGGGGCGAAAGGCUCAAAUACAAAUGGAGGCCGUCCAGAGGUGCAACAUGAUGCUGCAAGAAAUAAAUACGUCACUCGACAUUCAACUGGACAAACACCGCCAAAAUGUGGCUACACGGUUAGAAGAGUGUAAGAGAAGACAGGCCGCCGCAGCUCAGCGGACACUGGCACUGGCAGUCAAAGUCCAAAUCCUGCGCAAUCGAGGCUACGUGAUGGACAACGCCGAAGAGGAAUUGAAAGCGAAACUGGAGAAGCUGCAACGCGAAGUCUUUGACCCCUCUCUGAAUGCCCGAGAGCAGGAGGUCUGGGCGAGGAUGUUGGGUAUUCGAGAACGCGCGAAGAGACUAAAGUUCGAAAUGGAGAAGCUUGCACCAGCGGCCGCUGCUAAUGGGGAAGACAACACGUUGGAUGAGGAGACAACUAAAGCUGCCAAAAAGACACUGGAAGCCUACGACAUCCAACUUCGACAUCUGCAAAAAGAAUUGGAGCUUGUGCAGCAAGAGUUCGAUGAGUGGGAGACGAUAUCCAGGGAUAGAGAUAAUGAUGUCCCUCGGCGGAGGUAA